AUGUCAGACAUUGAGGAGGAUUUACUAGCUUUAGCAGGUGCUGAUGAGGAGGAGGAAGAUGAGGACGAGGUUCUCACAACCUCUUCAAAAAGGACAAAGACAGAUAUUCCAUCCAACUCGAAAAGAAGAAGAAUAGAGGUGGAACGCGACGAGGAAGAAGAGGAGGAAGAGGAGGAAGAGGAGGAGGAUGAUUACAACCCCGCUGCUGUGGGAUCUUCGACAAAUGUCGAUGAUACUGAAGAAGAAGAGGAGGAGCCCAACCCAUUUCCGUUGGAAGGCAAAUACAAAGACGAAAAAGAUCGGAGUUACCUGGAGUCCUUACCAGAAAUGGAGCGUGAAACCUUACUCUUUGAGAGAUCUCAAGCUAUGCAAAAGUAUAAGGAUCGCCAAUUGUUUAGACAGCGUGGCAGAAAUCUAAAAGAACAACAGAGAAAUCGUCUGCAGCAAGUGAACACGAAGACACGUACUUCUUCCAGAGCUUCUCAUAUUACAGGCCAUUCUGAUUUGAAGACUUCGAAAUUAUCACAGCUGAGAAGACAAAGGGAAAAGAAGAGCCAGAACCGUCGUUACAGCGAUGAGGAAGAAGAAGAAGAAGAAGAAGAAGAAGAGGAAGAGGAGUACUCCAAAUACGAUGGAAGCGAUUAUGAAGAAGAGGAUUAUAAUCCACUGGACAGAAAGAGUCAGACUGCAAAAGAAGAGUACGAAGAAGUUGAAUGGGCCGAAGAUGAGCUGGAGAGAGAAACCGAGCUUUCUGAUUUCAACAAGGCCAAAAUCGGGCGCUCUUUUGCUGCCAAAUUUUGCUUUUACCCUGGUUUCAAUGAUGUGAUCAAGGGAAACUAUGGAAGAGUCAACGUUGGCAUGGAUAAAAGAUCGGGUCAAAAUCUUUACAGAAUGGUCAAAAUAGAAAAGGUGUUUUUACAAAAACCAUACAAUAUGGGAAAAUUCUUUACGAACCAGUACUUUGGUGUAACCCAGGGUAAAGAUCGUAAGGUUUUCCAAAUGAGCUUUUUCAGCGAUGGACCAAUAUCCCAACAGGAAUACGAGCGAUACAUAAAAGCACUUGGAGGUGCGAAUAUAACUAAGCCGUCCGUGUACUCUCUGAGUAAUAAAGUGAAGGAAGUUAAUGCAUUCGUGUCGCAACCGUUGACUGAUAAACUGACAGAUGACAUAAUUCGUAAUAGAAUGCUUUUCAAUAAAAAACUGUCGGGGUCGAAUGCUGUUUUGGAGAAGACGGUGUUGAAGGAAAAGUUGCAAUACGCUGUCGAAACAUAUAAUGAAAGGGAUAUCGCUAAAUACUCAACCCAGUUGAAAAACUUCGAGAGGAGGCUUUUAUCGUAUGAAAAACACCACGAAAAUGAUCAAAGUGGCAUCAAGAAACUAGGUGCCUUAACUUCGAAAAACAGGAAGUUGAAUAUGGACAGAAUUAGAAACGCUGAGAGUAACAAGAAGGAAGACGUUCAACUUGAUUCGAAGAGUGAUCCUUUUAGUAGAUUGAAGACGAGAACAAAAGUCUAUUAUCAGGAGAUUCAAGAGGAAGAGAAUGAAAAGGCCAAAACUAUUGCACAACAGAAACAGCUCGACGAAGAUCAAGAAACAGCUCUGAAAAAGAAGCGGGAACAACUAUCGGCACAAUUUAGACGAUUUGGUGGCUUGGAGAAGAUUAUUGGAAGUAUAGAACUUCCAUUUACUUUCGAUGUAUAA